AUGGGCACGACUACACCAGCACCGACCCCAAGAAGCCGGGUGCCUCGUCGGCCGUGGCGCCUCCUUUCGGAGGAUGUGCCGCUGAUACCGGAGAACGCGGUCGACCUAUUCCCGGAGAAGCUUGGUCCGCGAAUCUUCUACCUGCCGUCGGCGAACGCAAUCCUGAAGAAAGGACCAACGGUUCGAAUGGCCGAGGCAGAGGCUAUGCGCUUCGUGAAGGCGAAGCUGCCCAACGUGCCGGUGCCAGAAGUCUACCAGAGCUUCAUGAAGGACGAGCUAGGUUUCAUUCUCAUGGAGAAGAUUGAGGGCAGGCCUCUCAGCGAGCUAUGGGAACGACUGGAUCCUGAGAAACGUGCCUUCAUCGUCGAGCAGUUACGCGGCUUCAUCGCGCAGUGGCGCGAGCUCAAGGGCGAUUGGUACGGCAGCUUAGGUGGCGGCAGCAGCGUUGCGAACUAUGGUGACCACCAUCACCCGCACCAUCACCACCGUGGCAGCACCGGCAGCAGCAGCGCCGGCUCUGACGCAUACAGUCCGCAUCCUGGCGAUGCCUCCCCCCCACCGCCGCCGCAGACUCCAGCCAUCGAGCCCGGCAGCGGGCCCGGCGGGCCCUGCGAGGACAUUGUCUUCAAGCACCUGUGCCUGGCCAGUCCAGGCGAGCAGAAGACGUAUGGCCCGUUCAACACACGCGCCGAGUACAACUCGGGUGUGGUUGAGGCGCUGCGCAACAGCCGCACGACGGGCGAGCUCAGCGAAACCGACGAGCCUCUAGUAACACGUAUCCAAGCCGAGAAUGAUUCGGACGAGAAAGUCUUCACGCAUGGCGACCUGCAGCCGGUCAACAUCAUGGUCGAUCCCAAGACGCUACGCAUCACUGGUAUCCUGGACUGGGAGACUGCAGGAUAUAGCCCGCCGGAGCGCGAGUACUGCGAAGGUCGUAGCCGUGGGCGCGAGGAGGUGUGGCGCCGCGUACUGGACAGCCUGUUCGAGGACGACGUCAAAGAAAAGUACAAACUCUGGCGCGACAUCGACUGGGCACUCGUGGCGCAUAGUCGCGUUUGGAGCAAGUGA